CUCCUCUUUCCUCUCCGAGGCGAGUGCAAAGGAGAGGGUGAGUGGCUAAGACUUGUUGAUGUGGAAGAUGGGAUGAUCUAGAGACGGAAACAAGAGUCACCCUUCAUCGUUUUUUCCAACAGCGCGGGAUUGAUGCCAAAUGCGCUUUUGCGCGGGAAAGGUGUGCCUGUGCAAUGGUGCCUAUAGAUAGCCUAUGUGUUUCCCAGCGGGGUCUCCUAUCCUGUCUUUUCGAUCACGCACCUGAUUGCUGUCUCUCCAACGAACGGUGGGUUUAAUAUGACAUUCCCGACAGCCGUAUUGUCUCCUCCGCAUCCGGCAGCGUAAGUUUAUCUAUUUGUAUGCAGUUGUCACACCGCCCAGACGUCAUCCGCACAGGACCCGGUUAAGCUUAGGUUAGCCUACAUUUUUUUUCUCUCUCUCUCUCCAAUCGGUGUACAAUCGCGUAUGUUGUGUUUGUUUCUCUUUGACCACAAUACCAAUCUACAAUGACAGCCCAGAUGUGAAGGGAAAUGGACUAUACAAAGAGACGACGUGAAUACGCAUCAUGCAGCCAUGCGGUCGGAUAGGUAUAGCCUAUAUUGCUAUUCAAUGGGCCUAGAUAUAGCCACGUUUGAUAUUUACGUAUUACUUUGAUGUCGUGUUUAUCGUACCGACAUGUAUUGGCUAAUAUUUGACUCUCCGAGAUGAAUGGCCAUUUCAGGAGCAGUGUUGCGUAUUGAAUGGUCAACUUGGGUAAUAUUUCCGCGUAAACGUCGUGUUAUCCUAUGCUGUACCCUGGCGAGUGAGUGCCCCUCGUCCGACGGUGAUAAUCACCCAGAAAAAGCGCUUUUGUUUGUUUGUUUGGACGGCUGGCGGAACACACGCGCGCACACACUCAACACAGCGUGGCCACCGCUGUCCAGCGUGCCGACUUCUGAAUCCUGCACCGGUCUCCAGGACGAGAGGAGGGAAGGAAGACAAAAGGAGAGGAAGAGACAGGAGUGAGGGAAGGGGAGGCUACAACACACACUGGACAUUUAGCAGGGGAUGGAAGUGAAAAUGUCACCCAAUAAACCGAAAAUCAAUACGCAGAUAUGACUGUUGAGCAAGCUCGUUUGGGGUGAGUUUUUGCCAAGCAAUUUCACCAACUAGACUCCUGAAAAUAUGGAAUGAAAUAAUUUUAUGACAACAGUUUCAUAAUUCUCACGAACCGUACAAUUAACGACAACGCAAUGUUUCAUAAGCACUAAAAUGUAGUGUCUGUACACUAAAGGCAGUUAUCAAAAAGUAGACUACUAUUUAAAUAUACCUGAUUCAACACCACGGACCGUCUAGCCGCCAAAAUGGGACUGUGACCGUGCUGUGAGCGACUAGAGGCGGUUGUUUAUGUGGUCUGUGCUCCGUGUGCGGACGGAGUGCGGACCGGACCUGAGCAGCAGUGAGACAUUGAGCCAUGGCAGCCGCUAUUGCCAGCGGUCUGAUCCGGAAGAAGAGGGAGGCACGGGAGCAGCAUGUAGACCGACCACCCCCGAACAGGCGGAGGAAGAGCCCCAGUAAGAACAAGGGGCUCUGCAAUGGCAACCUGGUCGACAUCUUCUCCAAAGUGCGUAUCUUCGGCCUGAAGAAGAGGAGACUACGGAGACAAGAUCCCCAGCUCAAGGGUAUAGUGACCAGGUUAUAUUGCAGGCAGGGAUACUACUUGCAAAUGAACCCAGAUGGUUCUCUCGAUGGGACCAAGGAUGACAGCAGUAACUCCUCUUUGUUCAACUUGAUUCCUGUGGGUCUCCGAGUUGUUGCGAUUCAGUCUGUGAAGACAGGGUUAUACAUCUCCAUGAACGGGGAGGGCCAUCUGUACACAUCAGAACUCUUUACGGCAGAAUGCAAGUUCAAAGAGUCUGUGUUUGAGAACUACUAUGUGAUCUACUCGUCGAUGCUGUACAGGCAACAGGAGUCAGGGAGAGCUUGGUUCCUGGGGCUCAACAAAGAGGGCCAAGCCAUGAAGGGGAAUCGAGUGAAGAAAACAAAACCAGCUGCUCACUUCCUGCCCAAGCCAUUAGAAGUUGCUAUGUACAGAGAGCCAUCGUUGCAUGAUGUAGGAGAGACCAAAGCGCCCAAAACAGCCGUCCUUCCCAGUAAAAGCACAACCGAGCCCCCAGUGAUGAACGGAGGCAAACCAGUCAGCAAGCCUACUACUGCUACUGCUGCUAAGCCCCCCACAUAGCCACAAUUCACCUGGUGUGUGUGUGUGUGUGUGUGUGUGUGUGUGUGUGUGUGUGUGUGUGUGUGUGUGUGUGUGUGUGUGUGUGUGUGUGUGUGUGUGUGUGUGUGUGUGUGUGUGUGUGUGUGUGGCGGGAGGGAUGGAGGGAGGGACAUACAUAAUGGAGUCAGGGAUUUUCCCUACCAGACUCCAAACCUGCACCCUCUUUCUUCUGUGGAUUAGAUCCAGGCAAUCUCUCGGUCCUUCCUUCCUCCCUUUCUUCUUCUCCUCUCUCUCUUUCUUUCUCUUUAACUAAUCAAUGGGGGAUUGAUGCAGAAGGGUGGUCGCCCCCGCCCCCACCCCCCAGACCAGAAGGAAGAGUGACUCUGACAAUGGAAUCCGUAAAAAUGAUGUGUGUUUCACGGCCACAUGUGAUACCUUGCUUGCUGACGGUAACCCAAGACCACCCCCUCUACAUAUAUGCCCUGUUGCAACGGUGUGUGCGAUUAAGAUCUAUUUUCUAUACCACAGUGCACCAGCUAUGUUCUGGGGUAGAUGCUUUACACAUAUAGUAAAAAAAGAAAAUGGACUGCUAUCUUCUACUUUUUACAAGUACGUUCCCGUCUCUUUCUCUUUCUAUUCUCACAUUUUUCUCUUUGUUGAGUAACUUAGAAAAAAAUACAUUUUGCAGGGGCGGUGUGUGGUUUUGUAAUACACGCAUUCACGCCGAUGUAUACUCAACACACACAGACACAUUGACACUGAAAUACACUCUUCUUCCCAUACACAACACAUACACACACAAGAAAAAAAGAUGCCACCGUUGGCUUGGUUCCAGGGACUCAUUUAGGAAGUCUGGUGUUUGGGAAGCACUACAGACACGCACACACACACACACACACACACACACACACACACACACACACACAGAGCAUCUACGUCGAGGGCAGAGUCAGAGUCUCAGGCUGCGUGUUGCUUUUUUAGAGCUCAAGAAAGAAAGACUGGAGGAUAGCUCACACAAUCAUAGCUGAUGAAGUGCUAAUUACCCCCACUGCAAUCAAUGCGAGGAGCCCACUCACACACAUACAGACACAGAUGUGCGUGUGUGUUGGAGAACGCUUUAACAAGUGGUGUAUAGGUGUAUACAUAUCACAAUCCGAUCCCACCAGCGGUGAGCUCUGGCUCAUCCGGUCGGGAAAUAGGAACCUGAAAUCUAUUUUUCUUAAAUUCUUAUUUCUGAGCAAGGGCUCUAGGAAUAUCUAUAGGCCUUGUAGGCCACAGUCCCUCACUGGCUGAUUUCUCUGAACAACGGGCUAGGCUAGUGGCUUAGACUAAAUGGUUCAAGCCCAACGGCGGCAGCCAUUUUACAUUCACAUUUACUCGAGGUUCGGCUGCAUCCCCAUUUUGUUCGGCAAACUAAAGCAUGGUCAAGGUUAGUAUUGUGUUCUAUUUUUUCUUGCAGAAGCAAUGCAAGAGAUGGCUUAUAUUAUACAAUUUUCACUGUUAAAAAAAAUAGGUGAUACAUAUUCUGAGAUAUUACGAGAGGAUUUUCUCCUAGCUCAGCAUGAAGAGUCCAGUAUCGCUCAUCUUGGCCUAUUACGUGCCUGUUUAGACCUUGAUCCCCAGCAUGCAAAUACAUAUAUCCAGUCACGACUGGGCCUAAGUUGUCUCACCCACCAAACACAUACAGUAAAGACCGAGCAGAAUAUUCACUCAACAACCUUUACAGCUGACAGAGAUUGAUUCAUAAAAUGACCAAAGUAUCCAAGAAGCCAGAACGAUACCACAGUUGUUGCGGUGUUGUACAACGCCAACAGCAGCCGAUUGCAUUCUGAUUCGAUUUUCCUUUCUCCGAUGUUGCUUUUUUCCUCACUGUGAUUUACCAUAUGGUUCAUUUUCACAAAAAUAAUCCCAUUGACGAAUUGAUUCUCUGCUGGCCUUCUUGCUGAACCUUUGAAAGGUCUUGAUUGAUGUCAUUUUUGGAUCUUGUGUUCGUAAGAAUCAAGGUUUUGGGAUACCUAGAAACAUUUACAUGCAUGUUUUUCCACAUAGGACUAUGGCAGAGUUCCCCAACUGGCGGCCCGCGGGCCAAAUUGGGGUUUUAUUUGGCCCCCCCAAGUUUCCUGAGCACAAAAAAAUGUUAACGUUGUUGUCGGACAUAAAAGACUGUAAAAACCACCAGGAAAUCAGCUCCGAGUGAUUUUAAUUUGGGAAAUCUGUUCCUAAGUAUUCACCCGCAUAAAAGAUAGACACGUGAUCGCAUACCCAUGUAAGCAAGGUUUGAAUUAGAUCUGUUUGGGCUUCUUGCAGUCUAUUUGGAAUCGACAAAUGAUUUGUCAUUAUGUUCCGGCCCCCGUGGCUGAAUCUAGUUGGUGAUCCCUGGACAAUGGGAUAAGGGAAAGGUACUGUUCAGACCAAUGCUAGUGAGAAGUUGUUUGGAAAUUGUUCGGGACUCGAAUUAGCAUGUCGUUAGGCACACGCCUACUUCCACUGGAGCUACUUCACCGCACGUUCUGUUCGGAGUCCUGAUCUGAUCAUGACUGUUAGCAAUGUAUCAACCGUUAUCUGAAUCUAUCAGCUGAUUUAAUUCUGAACUUGAUUUACUGGAUUCCAAUGGAAGCUACGAUUUAGAAUGUUGAUAAGUAGACCGAAGCUACUUUAUGCUGCUAAAAUUGGAAAAAUAUAUUAAGAGAUUUAUUUGCUGAUAUAAUUUUACAGUUUAUUGGUAUUUUAAGCCCCUAUUUUCUAGAGGAUGUUGAAGCACAUUUACUAGUUAGACUUAAAAACACGUGUCUGUACAAAGCUACAUUGAUGCUAUUAUAACAAUGCCGUGAUAUACAGCACAAAGGAGCUGAAAUAAUACUUUUUUUCUUUAGGGCUGGUGUCCCCUCCACAUUACACCCAGACUGCAUCCCAAAUGGCACCCUAUUCCUUACAUAGUGCUCUAUGGGCCCUGGUCAAAAGAAGUGCACUAAAUAGGGAAUAUGGUGCAAUUUGGGAUGCAGCUCCAGUAAUUUCCCUACAUCAUAAUGAACUCUACAUGCUGGGCUACGCAAGCCCCUGCAGACCAGUUGACUGGUUCUUCGAAAGCUGAGCUUUAUUUUUGUAAAUGACUGUGUAAAUGUCUCUCUAGCCGCCAUCUUGUUUUUUUGGGGUUUCUUUGUUUGUUUCGUUCCUACUGUAUAUGGGUCGUGCUUGAUGUUGUUUUCCAGAUCCUUCCCGAACUGUUUAUUUUCAGUUUUCUCCCUCUGGUCAACUAGUUUGUCAAAAAGUAGUUGGAGAGGUUUUACUUUUGCUUUUGUCCUUUUUCUCAUCUUUUGCAUGGGGAGAGGAUGGCAUUGAUGGGCUGCAUGUAGUAGGCUAUGUGUAUCAAGAACUGUUGGUAUGUACUAAUUUUACAUACAUAUAUAUGCUACGAGUUUGUCUGCACUGUACAGUUUGUUUGUUGUAUGCAUAUAUACAACAUAUUGAAUCAAAUAUUUAUAUAAAGGUGUGACUGUAAUGUCAGUAACAUUAAUGCAAUAUAGUGUGCAGUAUAUUAUUGCACCUGUCAUUUUGAUGGGAUAAAUAAAACGAAAGGUUGGCUAGUACUAAAAAGCAUGAAAAGGCCAAAGUAGAAUGAUUUACUUUACAUUUUUUUUCUUUACUACUUCCUAUCAAUCAUGUUUUCAGGUAGAGGUUGGGCUCUCGAGUCAAAGAAACUCACAUCCCCUGCAACCACCUCCUGAAGUUACAUGAAUACCCAGCAUGGCACUAUAGAGCUAUGUGUGUUUUCUGUUCUUUUUUCGGCCACGACAUUUGAACGUUUUCAUGACAUGGUGUUCACGAGUAAGGGGGAAUUGCCAUGCAUUGAUUGACCGGUUGUAGUAGAAAACGAUGGUCGUGAUAGUUUUCAGCGAUAAUAGGCACUAUUAAAACGAUUUAUAUUUAAAUAUAUACAAUUGCAAGUGUGCCACUUGGAGAUAUGUAUGUCAUGUUAUAACAGAUUUACACCCACGUAUGAUUAUGGUAUUUUCAUUGUUUCCAUGCAAAAAUGUUGUGUCACGCGGCACAUUCAAUGUUUCAUCAUUACAAAAUAAAUAAAACGCUCAAACGAUA